AUGAUCAGUCGAAAACUAUCAUCUCUACUCCGGCAUGCCCCAAAACUGCCUGGCCGCGCCCUCGGGUCUUAUUGUAUUGACCCAACCGUCGGCCUGUCCCCCGAACAAAAAGACAUCCAAGCGGUGGCCCGGGAAUUCGCGCUGAAGGAGAUGUACCCGAAUAUGCAGGCGUGGGAUGAAAAGGAAGAAAUGCCCCUGGAGUGUCUACGGAAAGCCGGCGAGCUCGGCUUCGGCGCCGUUUAUUGUAAAGAAGACCACGGCGGGACCGGACUUGGACGACUCGACGCUUCUAUAAUUUUCGAAACGCUCGCUACUGGUUGUACGUCAACGGCUGCAUAUAUGAGCAUUCAUAAUAUGUGUGCUUGGAUGAUCGACACUUAUGGGAGUGAAGACAUCAAGGCAAAAAUGAUCCCAAAAAUGGCGACAUUCGAAACACUUGGAUCUUAUUGUUUAACAGAACCGGAUGCAGGCUCCGAUGCGGCCAAUCUCCGGACGACAGCCAAAAAGCAGGGCGACUACUAUGUGAUCAACGGCUCCAAAGCAUUCAUCUCGGGCAGUGGCCACAGCGGGAACUACCUCGUCAUGGUACGCCACGAAGGCCAGCCGGGCCCGAAGGGUAUUUUCUGUAUACUCAUUGAAGACGGCGCGGAGGGCUUCACGCUGGGCAAGAAGGAGAAGAAGCUCGGCUGGAACACACAUCCGGCCCGAAUUUUGUCAUUUGAGGACUGCAAGGUCCCAAUCAAGAACCAAAUCGGCGGCGACAACGAGGGCUUCGCCAUCGCGAUGGCCGGCAUCAACGGCGGGCGGCUGAACGUGGCGAGUUGUUCGCUCGGAGCCGCGCAGAUGAGCAUGGAUUUGGCGAUAGACCACUUGAAGGUGCGCAAGCAGUUCGGCAAGGCGCUCUCCGAGUUCCAGUGGAACCAGUUCAAGCUGGCCGAGUCGGCGGCAAAGCUGCACGCGUCGAGAUUGAUGGUGCGAGACGCCGCCCGCCACCUCGACGCAAAUUCCCAGCAUAAAGUGGCGCUGUGUGCGAUGGCCAAACUGCACGCCACCGACAACUGCUUUGAGGUGGUCAACCAAUGUCUGCAAUUCUUCGGCGGCUACGGCUUCUUGAAGGACUACCCGCUGCAGCAAUUCCUCCGCGACAUCCGGGCCCACCAGAUUAUCGAGGGGACCAACGAGAUCAUGCGCAUGCUGGUGGCUCGAGACUUGCUGUCGAAGCAGACGUGGCUGAUCCAG